ACUGGGAGGAUAGCAAACCCGACAGCAACACGAAAGAAGUUUUCCCGUUUUUCAAGCGAGCAGGGGCAGCACUAGAAUAAACUCAGCUGCCAUGGGCAGGGGCAACGAUGUUUUCUCCCGAAACAGCUAAUGAGGCAUGUGUCAAAGGCCAGCCCUUCCUCUUCUUUGGACUAAGAGUCCCAGAAUUGCUUUUAGGUCUUUUGAAUGGAACUUGGGGAAUCCAGUUCAUUAGUGCACACCGGCGACAAUUUUUCGAUUAUUCAGCAGAACUGAUUAAGUAUUUCCUUGAGAGGUUCAGCGCGCGCACGCGCCCCCCCGGUUUGUGUUGAGUAACGCGCGCACGAUGUCAUUCAGUGCCUGCACGUCGUUGUCGCUCAAGACUCAAGACGUUGCAAGAAAAUGGCUAACGAAGCGACAGGGAACGGCGGCGCGGCGGACGUUGCUGCGGUUGGACGUGCCUGACCUCCCAGACCACACAAGGGAUCGCACCGCCCCAGCGGCCGCCGCCCGCCCAGCAGAGCGCGCCGCGGCCGGUCCCUGCGCCAGUACGCACGCGCGGCCGUCAUCCGGGUGCUGGCUGCGGCUGCAGGUUGCGCUAGGGUGGCGGACCGGGGGAGGGGCCAGCGGCUCAUUGUGCGCAGCGCUGCGCCGCGCCGGCGGCCGCUGAGGCCUGGGUGGAAGUUGGCGCUGCUGCCGCCGCCCUGCAGCCCACUCGCUGCCUCGGCAGCGCGCUGCUCUUCUAAGAUGGCUGCCGCUACCGCUGCGGUGGCAGCCUCGGCCGCCUCGGGUCAGGCGGAAGGUAAAAAGAUCACCGAUCUGCGGGUCAUCGAUCUGAAGUCUGAGCUGAAGCGGCGGAACUUAGACAUCACCGGAGUCAAGACCGUGCUCAUCUCCCGACUCAAGCAGGCUAUUGAAGAGGAAGGAGGCGAUCCAGAUAAUAUUGAAUUAACUGUUUCAACUGAUACUCCAAACAAGAAACCAACUAAAGGCAAAGGUAAAAAACAAGAAGCAGAUGAGUUGAGUGGAGAUGCUUCUGUGGAAGAUGAUGCUUUUAUCAAGGACUGUGAAUUGGAGAAUCAGGAGGCACAAGAGCAAGAUGGAAAUGAUGAACUAAAGGACUCUGAAGAAUUUGGUGAAAAUGAAGAAGAAAAUGUGCAUUCCAAGGAGUUACUCUCUGCAGAAGAAAACAAGAGAGCUCAUGAAUUAAUAGAGGCAGAAGCAAUAGAAGAUAUAGAAAAAGAGGACAUCGAAAGUCAGGAAAUUGAAGCUCAAGAAGGUGAAGAUGAUACCUUUCUAACAGCCCAAGAUGGUGAGGAAGAAGAAAAUGAGAAAGAUAUAGCAGGUUCUGGUGAUGGUACACAAGAAGUAUCUAAACCUCUUCCUUCAGAAGGGAGCCUAGCUGAGGCUGAUCACACAGCUCAUGAAGAGAUGGAAGCUCAUACGACUGUGAAAGAAGCUGAGGAUGACAACAUCUCGGUCACAAUCCAGGCUGAAGAUGCCAUCACUCUGGAUUUUGAUGGUGAUGACCUCCUAGAAACAGGUAAAAAUGUGAAAAUUACAGAUUCUGAAGCAAGUAAGCCAAAAGAUGGGCAGGACGCCAUUGCACAGAGCCCGGAGAAGGAAAGCAAGGAUUAUGAGAUGAAUGCGAACCAUAAAGAUGGUAAGAAGGAAGACUGCGUGAAGGGUGACCCUGUCGAGAAGGAAGCCAGAGAAAGUUCUAAGAAAGCAGAAUCUGGAGACAAAGAAAAGGAUACUUUGAAGAAAGGGCCCUCGUCUACUGGGGCCUCUGGUCAAGCAAAGAGCUCUUCAAAGGAAUCUAAAGACAGCAAGACAUCAUCUAAAGAUGACAAAGGAAGUACAAGUAGUACUAGUGGUAGCAGUGGAAGCUCAACUAAAAAUAUCUGGGUUAGUGGACUUUCAUCCAAUACCAAAGCUGCUGAUUUGAAGAACCUCUUUGGCAAAUAUGGAAAGGUUCUGAGUGCAAAAGUAGUUACAAAUGCUCGAAGUCCUGGGGCAAAAUGCUAUGGCAUUGUAACUAUGUCUUCAAGCACAGAGGUGUCCAGGUGUAUUGCACAUCUUCAUCGCACUGAGCUGCAUGGACAGCUGAUUUCUGUUGAAAAAGUAAAAGGUGAUCCCUCUAAGAAAGAAAUGAAGAAAGAAAAUGAUGAAAAGAGUAGUUCCAGAAGUUCUGGAGAUAAAAAAAAUAUGAGUGAUAGAAGUAGCAAGACACAGGCCUCUAUCAAAAAAGAAGAGAAAAGAUCAUCUGAGAAAUGUGAAAAAAAAGAAAGCAAGGAUACUAAGAAAAUAGAUGGUAAAGAUGAGAAGAAUGAUAAUGGAGCAAGUGGCCAAACAUCAGAAUCGAUUAAAAAAAGUGAAGAAAAGAAGCGAAUAAGUUCAAAGAGUCCAGGACAUAUGGUAAUAUUAGACCAAACUAAAGGAGAUCAUUGUAGACCGUCAAGAAGAGGAAGAUAUGAGAAAGUUCAUGGAAGAAGUAAAGAAAAGGAGAGAGCUAGUCUAGAUAAAAAAAGAGAUAAAGACUACAGAAGGAAAGAGAUCUUAACUUUUGAAAAGAUGAAGGAACAAAGAUUGAAAGAACAUGUGUUUCGUUUUGAAAGGCUGCGACGAGCAAUGGAACUUCGAAGACGAAGAGAGAUUGCAGAGAGAGAGCGUCGAGAGCGAGAACGCAUUAGAAUAAUUCGUGAACGGGAAGAACGGGAACGCUUACAGAGAGAGAGAGAGCGCCUAGAAAUUGAAAGGCAAAAACUAGAGAGAGAGAGAAUGGAACGCGAACGCUUGGAAAGGGAACGCAUUCGUAUUGAACAGGAACGUCGUAAGGAAGCUGAACGGAUUGCUCGAGAAAGAGAGGAACUCAGACGGCAACAACAGCAGCUUCGUUAUGAACAAGAAAAAAGGAAUUCCUUGAAACGCCCACGUGAUGUAGAUCACAGGCGAGAUGAUCCUUACUGGAGCGACAAUAAAAAGUUGUCUCUAGAUACAGAUGCACGAUUUGGCCAUGGAUCUGACUACUCUCGCCAACAGAACAGAUUUAAUGACUUUGAUCACCGAGAGAGGGGCAGGUUUCCUGAGAGUUCAGCAGUACAGUCUUCAUCUUUUGAAAGGCGGGAUCGCUUUGUUGGUCAAAGUGAAGGGAAAAAAGCACGACCUACUGCACGAAGGGAAGAUCCAAGCUUUGAAAGAUAUCCCAAAAAUUUCAGUGACUCCAGAAGAAAUGAGCCUCCACCACCAAGAAAUGAACUUAGAGAAUCAGACAGGCGAGAAGUACGAGGGGAGCGAGACGAAAGGAGAACAGUGAUCAUUCAUGACAGGCCUGACAUCACUCAUCCUAGACAUCCUCGAGAGGCAGGGCCUAAUCCUUCCAGACCCACCAGCUGGAAAAGUGAAGGAAGCAUGUCCACUGACAAACGGGAAACAAGAGUCGAAAGACCAGAAAGAUCUGGGAGAGAAGUAUCAGGGCACAGCGUGAGAGGUGCCCCCCCUGGGAAUCGUAGCAGCACCUCGGGGUACGGGAGCAGAGAUGGAGACAGAGGAGUCAUCACAGAUCGAGGAAGUGGAGCACAGCACUAUCCUGAGGAGCGACAUGUGGUUGAACGCCAUGGACGGGACACAAGUGGACCAAGGAAAGAGUGGCAUGGUCCACCCUCUCAAGGGCCUAGCUAUCAUGAUACAAGGCGAAUGGGUGACGGCCGGGCAGGAGCAGGCAUGAUAACCCAACAUUCAAGUAAUGCAUCCCCAAUUAAUAGAAUUGUACAAAUCAGUGGCAAUUCCAUGCCAAGAGGAAGUGGUUCCGGAUUUAAGCCAUUUAAGGGCGGACCUCCACGACGAUUCUGAAAAUGAGCUCUCUGCCCUGGUUUUAAGAUAAUUUAUUGAAAACUCUUGUAAACUUUACUUGACUACUUAUGAAGAGGACCUUUGACUUGCUUGAGAGUUCCGUCAGACUUUUUCUUUUUAAAAAUUUAACAUGAUUGCUUUUCUCAAUUUUGGAGAAGUUUAAAUAGUUCUGUUGUAACUUUUAAUAGUUUUGUGUAUCAUUCGACUUUUUUUCUUGCAGCACCAAGACACAUUUGAAAAGAUGAAAUUGAAUUCAUUUUGUUUAACGCUGUGUGAAUAUAAAGAGUAGUUUGCAGCUGUGUGGUAGUGGUUUAAUUUGCAGCCUUAGCUCUGUGGUGUCUGGCUCUAGAGUUACUUCUUUUCACCAAGCAUUUUCAGCCUCCCUUUUGAAGGCUGUCUAAGCUUAAGAAGUCUUAGCUGUCUAAUUUUUAGAGAAUAAGAUUGUUCUUGCAUUUCUGAGUAUUAUGUAACCUAUUUUUGCAGAAGGUACUGUUACAUUAAGUGCAUCUGUGUAUCCUGGUUUAAAAAAAUGUAAACUUUUUUGAAAUAAACCUUCAUAUUCUGUAUAGUUGCUAAAGUGUUGAGAACCUUUUUAAUUGUAAAAUGAGAACCGAUUUUCGGUUUAGUGUAGCAGCACACUUGUUCAGGUUUGCAUGGUAUGAAACCAAAUAGAUUAAUGAAACCUUGGCCAUGAGGUUUGUUUCACAAGGUUCUUAGACUGAGUUGUGCAGGUAAGUGCACUUUUAGGUAAUCUGCACUGUUUAAUGGAUAAAUUCCAUCUCUGGGAAUUGUGUGGGUAUUAAUGUUUCCAUGUUCCCAACUAUGUUGAGAAGUGGAACGAAAACCCAGGUUCUAGAUGGGUGAAUCAGUUGGGUUUUGUAAAUACUUGUAUGUGGGAAGACAUUGUUGUCUUUUUGUGAAAAUAAAAAUCCACACCUGGAAA